AUGCGUCGACCUGAUUUUUCUGCAAAUAUCUGUGACUCAGUGACCUUUAUCAUGGCAUCUACCGAUCUUCCGCCAAUCAUGAUGGACCACCUCUACUCCAUGGAUGACACUCUUAAAGAAGGGGGGCCCCUUUUGCCACUCGAAGGGGCCCGCCAAUCAUGUAAAGAUGACGAGUUGGUUGGUAGCUUGCUUUAUUUGACUGCUAGUAGGCUUGAUAUCACAUUUGGUGUUAGGCUUAUUAGUAUGUUUAUGGAAGCUCCAAGACAAUCACACAUGCAGGCAGUAAAAAGAAUUUUGAGGUAUGUCAAAGACACUCAAAGUGAUGGUAUUUUCUAUUCUAGCAAUUGUGGAUUUGAUCUUGUGGGUUAUGCGGACAACGAUUGGGCUAGAGAUGUUGAUGCAAAGAGCACCUCAGGUUAUGCUUUUCACAUUGGCUCUGGUGUUAUCUCUUGGUCAUCAAAGAUGGAACAAGUUGUGGCUCUUUCUUCUACAGAAGCAGAGUACAAUGUAACCACCUAUUAUGCUACUCAUGCAGUGUGGAUGAGAUAA